GUGGCAGUUCUCCAUUGCCCGGGCGACUGUGGCUGGGUCUUUGCUGAUGUAAACAGUAAGGGUGGAGAAGAGAGAGAGAGAGAGAGAGAGACCCCAAUUUAGCUGGGCCAGAAACCCCACAGACCCCUGGAUAGUGGGCAGCCGGGUGUUGGGGGCCAUGCCAGCCCCCCGACCAUGUUCCACAUUCCUGAGUACCAGGAGGAUGAGGCCGCUUUCCCAGCAGAGGAGAAAGAACUGCUGGACCACAAGCUGAACUGGCGGGGAAUUGAGGGAGAGGGCAAGGAGCCGGACAGUUUGGCGCACACUGGGACCACUUCCACCGGGCCCCAAGCAGAGCUGCGGCGUCGCAUUGGCUCAGACCCCCCGUUGCCAGAGUCAGAGCCACCAGAUGAGGUGGGCACUUUCCGGGGGCGUUCACGCUCUGCCCCUCCCAUCCUGUGGGCGGCCCAGCGAUACGGACGGGAACUGCGGAGGAUGAGUGAUGAGUUCCACGGGGCACUGCAGAAGCUGCCACGACCCAAGAGCGCAGGGACUGCCUCACAGAUGUUCCGAACGUCAGGCUGGAAGGAGACCCUGCAUUCAUGGUGGCGCCGAAGUUCCCCGGGACUUCCCAGAAGUCCUCCCUGACCGAGAUUUGCUGCUGUUUUGACGAACAAAAGAGGGGUGGGCAAUAUGUAGGGUCAAUGUAGCAUGUUUUCUUAUCCCAAAGUAUCCGGGAAGGGUAGGGGUCAUUCCACGGCACCUCCUCCACCCAUUUCUCUGGGGGGGGUCCUCUGCCUCACAGUAUACUAUGACGUGUAACCAUUUUACCUCCUACCCCUUUUACGAGGAAUCACAAGCAUUCCCCCGACCCCUUCUCCAAGUACUCUUUUUCUUUGGAAAAAAGAAGCAAAA